UUAGAGACUGAAAAUGUCGAUGGUUGCUAUAAAUGGAGACAAUAACCAAAAUCGUGCUUAGACUCGCUAGAAUUAAGCCUUCAAGGUCUCCAAAAGCAGAAAGUAGAGGAAAAUAUCAUGCUAAGGUUCGUAGUAAGCUAGACCUCUAUUUGAGUGUUUUACAAGAGCAUUAUCUCUCUAGAACGUGGAGUAGAGCAAGCAGAGAUGGGAUAACAUUAUCUUUCUUUCCCAAUAGAUUUUAGUUCAUAGUCUAUUAUAGAAGAAUUUCUGAGAGCUUUAUUUAUUCUCUUCAUUUUAUUUCUAUAGGAAGAGUCAAUAGAUUCAUAAAAUUAGGAAAAAUGUAUCAUCUUUAUACAAAUACGAAUAGAUAGAGUAUGACCAUGUGUAAUUUGAUUUAAACUCUCUUUUUCAGUACUGAAAUUGAUUUAGAAUUAUUCAAACGUAGUCGUAAUUGGUAUUCAUUAUUAUACCUGGCCUUCAUAGUAUUUUAAUAAUCUCUGAGUCUUCUUAAAAAUGUCAAAUAAAAUUUAAUGUCAACUUUGGAAAUCUGAGAGAAAUUCAUAUGAAGAAGCUCUAAAAGAUGCAUAUUGUGAAUUUAAAGCUCCAGCUCACCUCUUUAGUCUAUUGCCUUAAUAAAUCCCUGCUUAAUUAUUAUAACAGUAAUAAAAUAGGCUAAAUUUUAAGACGGCAGAUGGAUUCUCUCAGGAGGGGUGUCCUAUCCUUUCAAUAUGUUAGCCAAUCUUCGAUAUCUCAGGCCUCCAUCAAGAGUUUUGGUUCCAAACAAUCAGUAUAAAGCCUUAGCAUAUAAUUCACCCCAUGCCCAAAGCAAUUGGACGCAUUUGGAUGAACUUUUCCUUUUCCUUCGAUUUGUCAAAAAUCUG